ACCAGCAAAUUUGGUUCUUCGUUUCUUUUCGAUCACCUUGCUUUGCUUCUUCAUUCUUCUCCCUUCUCCAGAUUCUUGCUAGGGUUGAAGGAAAGGUGCUCCUCCCGUUCGCUAAAGGUACCGUAACUUUGCUGCUACAUCGGAACCACUCAGGUAGGUCUGACGAUGGCAGCAAAAGCUAUUAGAAGACGCAUAAGAGAUGUUGGUGUAGAUGAAGGAAGAGAUGAGGAUGAAGAAACGUCAGUGUCUGAUACCCUGAAUGAACCUCUUCUUGAAAAACAUAAUCAAUAUGAUGGUUAUUCUGAGCUGAAAUACCGGACAAGGAAGCAAGAUAUCACUGAUGGCAGGAAGGGAAAAUGCCAGUGUUGGACAUACUUCUUGUCACAAUCCAUUUCUCACUGGGCACACUGGAUAGCGAAUGUUGUUUUUGGCUUUCGGGCACUUGUAAGGAGAUUCUUUCAUCAGCCUACUACGGGACACCAAAUAAAGGGUGAAAAAAGAAUUUCAAUAAUUCUUAAUCCCUUGCAGGAAGAGAGGUUGGGAAAUUUAAGGCAGAGAUUGGAUGUCCCUUUUAAUAGCUCUAGUGUGAAUCACCAGGACGCUCUUAGAGAACUCUGGAAACUGGCUUAUCCUAACAGAGAACUUCCUUCUCUUAAAUCAGAAUUGUGGAAGGAGAUGGGCUGGCAAGGUUCAGAUCCUUCAACAGAUUUCAGGGCUGGUGGGUUUAUGUCAUUGGAAAAUCUUAUCUAUUUAGCCAAGAACUACCCUAAUUCUUUUUGGAGGCUAUUACACAAGCAAGAUGGAAGGAGAGCUGCGUGGGAAUACCCAUUUGCUGUAGCUGGAGUCAACAUUACCCAUAUGUUGAUUCAAAUGUUGGAUUUGCAAUCAGGAAACAGAACUUCAAGAAGUGGAUCUUACUUCUUAAAGCUUCUUGAAGAAGAUGAGAUGGCAUUUGAUAUGCUUUAUUGUGUGGCAUUUCAGAUACUGGACAUUCAGUGGCUGGAAAAACGAGCUACUUAUAUGGAAUUCAAUGAAAUAUUGAAAUCCACUAGAGUGCAGCUGGAGCAAGAGCUUUCAUUGGAAGGCAUUUCCAGUAUAAAAGAUUUGCCAUCCUACAAGUUGUUGAGUGUAUAACAUUCUUGUGAUAAACCACAGGCAAUUAUUCCCAUUAAUAGGUGUGCUACGACUUCUUUAGUUGAUUUUCAGUAAAACUCCUUAAGCAUUCUCAAGAACAUUGUAUCUACUGAAAUGAACAAACAUAUCAUAAACAAUUUGUUCGUAGGCUUAUUUUUUAACUGAAAUGUACCAUGUGGGUUGGAUAUCUGGUUCUCGUGGUAUCUUUUUCCCCCUUUAAAUGUCAUUGUUGGUUUGUUAAAUUCCGUUUAAAUUCU